AUUUCCGGCUUGAGAAAAUGACGUUAAUUUUCAACUGAUGUCAAAGGUUGCGGUCAGAUUCAUGCACAACACAUGCAGUGGUAAUCGUCAUACCUCAGUGUUCGUAACUGGGAUCGGGAUUACGUUUUUAACUGAUGUACGUUUUAAGAAUAAGCGAUUAUAGUAAAUUGUCAAGUUAGCUGCUUGGUAGUUAUCACAUCAAGCCAAGCACAGCUAACGAGCUUGUUAGCAUAAAUCCAUAGAUUUGGCAAUGUCAACACCAGAGCCAUUGCCCGUACCACCGGGCUCAGUAUCACCGGCAGCGGGUCAAAUGUUUGGGAGCUGUUGGAGUUGUCGGAUUCUUUCAGGUGGAGGUCUGCUGUUAGGAGCUGGAUAUGUCUUCCUAGCCGCCCGAAAAGUAAUGCGCCAAGGUGGGACAACCUCUAUAGGAACUGUCGCACAAGUCGCGUUUGCAGCAAGUUUGGCUGCUUGGGGAGUUGUGGUCAUCGCUGACCCUGUGGGGAAAUCACACAGGAAGGCGUGAAGAUGCUCUGACAGAUGGAAUUAUUUGAAGCUGCUGAAGUACAAGCCAUGGUCAUAUCAAAGAUCACUUUGGCAGAUAGUGAUCUUGGCAUAAUGGAUGAGAACAUGCCAAAGACUAUUCUCAUCAUCUGUCAGUGUGACUUGUCUAUAAUACAUUAAAUAAAUUGAGAACAUGUGCACUUGGAACUACCUUGUGCAAGU